ACUCUUUUCUCUUUCAAAAUACAUACUACGCUACAUUACACUACUCAUCGCCUUAAUUUCUCUUUGGACUGCCUCUUUCAGUCUUUAUCUCAAGACUGCUUUUUUAUUUUUAUUUUUAUUUUCUCUCUCUCUCUCUCUCUGUAGCGUGACAGUGUACAGCAGGGUUUCUGAGCCGAAAGGACAGGAAGGGGUUGAACAAACAAAAGCCCAAAUUCAAUAAAAGUUGGGAGUGAAAAGGUUGAAUGGAGGGCAGAGUACCAAAAGUAGCUCAGAAUCUCAAAUGGGUAUCUUUCUCUAGCCACUUUUUAGCUCUCUCCUCUCUCUCUCUCAGAGCUGGUCUGACUAGGGUUUGAAUGGGUAUUUACUAUACUGAAAUCAAUGUUCUUUGUAUAAUUGACUGCUUCCAUAGACCUUUUCUCAGCUCUCCUUUGAACUGUCUUUUUUAGUUUCUCUGUCUUGGUUGGGCUUCUUUCGAGUAUUUUUGGUACUUCCAAGUUCAGUGAUGGCUUUGGGAAAUAGUAGCUUUUAAAGCUGUGGUUUCAGUGUUUGAGCUCAGUACUAGUUGAUGUGGGUCUCUCUUGUUUACUUCUUCUAAGCUGCGUUCCGUGUAGUUAGUUUUACAGACCUACAUGAUAUGGUCCUCUUUUGGUGGGAGUCAUUGGGCUUAUUCGGAAGAUCUUACGGCCAAUGUGAUGGUUCCUAUGUUGUUGUAACUUGUAAGUAUCAAUUACAUGGUUGAAUUGAAGCCUGUUAAUUUGUGUGGUUGAACUUGUCUCGAUUUGAUUUGAAUUUAGUUUUGUUCUGUUUAUCCUCCCUUUUAUUUAGGUCUUUGAUCUUUGGGUGUUCGUAUCUAGGAUUGGGCAACCAGAUUUUUGUUGAGGGUGGACAAAAUUUUACGUAUUUGUUUGAUUUUCUGAGGAUUGAUUGCCGGUUGUUUGAGAAUAGUUGUAAAGAGAAAAGUUACUUUAUUUAGUAUUUAGCACUCUGGCUGCUUUUGGUAUUCUCUUUGUGAAGGUGAUCAGAUGGAUAUGGUGGGUGACAAGGAUAAAUUUGAGCUAGAAAAUAGGAAUGAGGAGGAUCCUAUGAAUUUUGCUGCACCUAGUCCUAGUCCUAGUGUUGACUGGCGAUUUGGUGGUUUGGUUCCCACCGGAAAUCCAAUGGCAGUUAGCAAAGGAUCCACUUCAAUGGUGGUGGAGUCAUUCGGGCCAACCCUUUGGGACCAAAGCCAAACCGCCAAUCCACAAAACUUGGGGGGAUUAUUUUCUGACAUUAAUAAUGUCCAGAACAGUGCAAGCACUUCAGACACAUUAGGAAUUAGAAAAGGUACUCCUGCAGCUGUGGUCUCUUUACCAAGUAUUGAUAAUAAAACAUUUGACAUGGGUUGGAAUCCAACAAGUUCAAUGUUGAACUUGAAAGGAGGAGGGGGAAUUUUCUUACCUGGAAAUGGAAUGCUCCCACAGAGCUUAUCUCAGUUCCCAGCAGAUUCUGCCUUCAUUGAGCGAGCUGCUAGGUUUUCAUGCUUCAAUGUCAAUGGUGGGAAUUUUAGUGAUAUGGUUAACCCUUUGGAAUCUAUGGGGGGUACUAAUUAUUUUAGGGGUGGGGGAAUGAUGCAAGAGGUUUUUGGUGGCAAUGGGCAGUCUCACUCUCAAAAGAAUGAGGUGAUGAAUGUGGAUGAGGCUUUCAAAGAUGUGUCUAUGUCUGUUGAUGAGCAUGAGCAGGAGCAUGGGGCUACUGGAGGUGGAGGGAGCCCCCUAAAGAAUGUUAGAUCUCAUGAUGAAGCUAAACAAGGCAUUGGUGUCGGUGGGUCUGGACCUGGUAAUGAUUCUGAUGAAGCUGAGUUUAGCACUGCAGGUGGUCUAGACGAGCCAUCUGUGUUGGAAGGUACUACAGGUGGGGAACGUUUUGCUGGGGGACUUGAAUCAAAGAAAAGGAAAAGGAGUGAGCAGGAUACUGAAUUGGAUCUAGCCAAAGUAGAUCCACAACAGCCUGGUGAAUCUGCAAAGGAUGACACUGAAAUUCAACAGAACGGAGACCAAAAGCUAACUUCAACUACUAAUAAGAGCUCUGGGAAACAUGGUAAACAGGGUUCUCAAGCUUCAGAUCCACCAAAAGAAGAAUAUAUUCAUGUCAGAGCUCGAAGGGGCCAGGCCACAAAUAGCCAUAGUCUUGCAGAAAGAGUAAGAAGAGAAAAGAUCAGUGAAAGGAUGAAGUUUCUUCAAGAUCUUGUACCUGGUUGCAGCAAGGUCACUGGUAAAGCGGUGAUGCUGGACGAAAUCAUUAAUUAUGUACAAUCACUGCAACGACAGGUUGAGUUUUUGUCAAUGAAACUUGCUACUGUGAAUCCACGGCUAGAUUUUAAUGUCGAAGGGCUCCUGGCAAAAGAUAUCCUUCAGUCACGAGUGGGUCCAUCUACGUUGGGAUUUUCACCAGAUAUGCCCAUGGCUUAUCCUCAGCUGCAUUCCUCUCAACAAGGACUCAUUCGAGCAGGUCUUUCUGGCCUGGGAAGUUCAUCUGAUUUGCAUCGAAGAACCAUGAAUUCCCAGUUGACACCCAUGAUGGGAGGUUUCAAGGAACCUACACGGCUACCCAAUGUCUGGGAGGAUGAGCUCCACAAUGUUGUCCAGAUGAGCUAUGGAACCAGUGCUACCCCCAAUAGCCAAGAUGUAGAUGGGUCUCUGCCACCUGGCCAUAUGAAAGUUGAACUUUGAUAAUUAUUUUGGAUUUUAUGCCAUAGUAGUAUGCGUGGUAUAUGCUUGCAAUGCAAUCUUAAGGAAAUAACAAAGCUCACAAGGUUCUCUUUCAUUGAUAAAGAUUUAUCAUUGCCGUAUUUACUACAAGCUCUGUGUUAAAUGAGAUGCUACUAGCCGGUGUAAAAGCUUAUAGGGUCAGUCACAUGACCCAAAAGAAGGGAAUGUUUCUCUAACUUGGAGGAUUCUCAGAAAUAUGGUGCGGCAACAGCAGUCACUAUUGUUUCUUUUGUUCAAACAUUACAUAUAAUCCAGAAGUUAAAAUGCUAUAUUCACAACAAUGAGAGAGGAUGUUUGUGAAUCAAGAAGCACGGAUUAAAGUUUGGACUCUACUAGUCUGCGUGUGAAAUAGGCUGGGUGAAUUUAACGAGAAGAUUGGUAGGGAAACCAUGGUGAUGCUCUCUCAAGAUGAGUUAGGAGCCUUUUGUUUAAUCAUAAGCUGACAAAUGUAAUAUUAUUCCUUUUCCAUUAUUCCAUUCUUUCACUGGCUCUGGUAAUAUUGGAGUAAAAACACACCAUUUCCGUGAAUAUUAAGUGAGUAAAUUAAAUUUAAA